ACCCUUCUGACCUUUAACCUUCAAGUCUCACCUGACUGACUUGGACGACAGUCUGUGCCACGAAAGAGUUGCAGUCACAACAUUACCUGAGCUACCCAAAGGAACAACCAUUAUAAAGGCAAACAUGGCCACCACGUGGGGUGUCCUUGUGACCUUUGCACUCGUGACCUUUGUGCUAUUCAAAUCAACCGAUGCUCAGUGCCCGGAUGGGUGUCUGUGUCAACCUACAACAACUCAUCCCUUUGCGGUCACCUGUACUGGAGGAAACAUCCUGAACAUCCCCAGCAAUCUACCUGAAAACAUCACGUCCCUCUCCCUCACCAGUACCGGCAUCACCGAGGUUCGCGCCACAGACCUAAGGGGUCUGAAAAGGCUAAACCGACUCUUACUGCCAAGUAACAAGAUAUCAACCAUCGAGUCAGGUGCCUUUGACGAUCUCGGUCACCUCGAGUUUUUCGAUAUCUCUGGUAACGCUCUAACCACGUUUCCUUCCGGCCUCUUUCAAAACUGUCCGCUUCUCAUGCAGCUCAAUGCAGGGUCAAACCAAAUUUCAACUCUCUCAGACGACGAUCUUAAAGGUCUGUCUCACAUGGAAUUCUUAGACAUUAGCGACAAUCAGAUCACAUCAAUAGGGGGAAAGGUAUUUCAAGACCUUGAAAAUCUUGAACGUCUUAGCCUGAGUGGUAACAAUCUAACCGAUCUUGACUCCACCAUGUUCAAGUACACGCCCAAGUUGUUCAGCAUAGACCUUAGUGACAACCAGAUAACCAAGAUUUCCAAAACUCUGUUUUCCAAUGCUAAACGCUUGAACCAAAUCGUUCUCAGCAACAACAUGAUAUCCACUAUUGAUGAUGGUGCCUUUAUGGAGCUUACCCUCAGCGCCCUUAACAUCCAACUAAAUAACAACCAGUUGACGUCUAUCACUAAAGAUACAUUUAAGUCAGGUGGUAAGGAAGGUAUAUCAUCAUUAACUCUCAAUGACAACAAGAUAGCAAGUAUAGAAGCGGGGGCUUUUGACCACGCUAAGUACCUUAGAUCACUAGACCUGUCGCAUAACGAACUCACUACUGUCCCCAGUGGUCUCAUGUCAGAAAGCGAGUCAUUGACCCUUGUCAGCUUUGAGUUCAAUAAACUCCAAUCUUUCCCCAAGGGCGUCUUCGGUUCAACCACUAGAGUACAGACGCUCAAUCUAGCCAACAACCAACUGACAGAGGUCGCAGACGGCGCUCUUGAUGUGUAUUACCUACAGGAAGUCGAUCUGAGCUACAAUAUGCUCGAUAAGAUUUCCUUCUCCGGACUUAAAGAAGUCCAAACCAUCUCGCUAAACAACAACAAACUUAAAGCUCCCCCAACAGGCCUUAGCGACGCAGCGUUUCUCAUGACGUUAGAUCUGUACGACAAUGAGAUGGAUAUGAUACCGGCUGAUGCCUUCAAAGGGUUAGAGAGGCUUGACCGCUUAAACCUCGCAAAUGCACUUAACCAGAAUGGUACACUUAACGCCCAGGCCUUCUGCGACCUCCCCUCCCUACAGUCGUUGGUUUUAGAUGAGGAUCAUUUGCAGGCAGUUCCUACAGAUGCCCUGAACUGCUUGUCUAAUCUGACAUCUCUAACACUCUCUUAUAAUCAAAUUGAAAACAUCACCACCGACUUUGGCAAAUCCGCCAACCUUUCCGCACUUUUCUUUAAGGGCAAUAGAAUCAGUAUGGUCCCUACAGAUAUGCUCAUGUCAUACGUGAACCUGAGUCGGAUUGACAUGACCUCUAACUCAAUCACCCAUCUAUCGAGCAAUUCCUUCCCGAAUACCAAGCUAAACACUCUUGUGCUGGAGGGUAACCGCAUCAGUUUCAUCGAAAAUGGUGCAUUUGUGGGCCUGUCUAGUUUGGAAACAGUGAACCUUGCGGACAACUUAGCCAGCUAUCUGCCCGGUAACAUUUUCUCUGGCUUCAAAAACUUGAGUAAAGUGUCCCUUGACAGCAACCCCUGGGCAUGUGAUUGCUUAAUGAAGGAUUUUGCCCAGUGGCUUAAAACCGCAAGUCCUAUGCUCGAAAUUCAAGUUGAAUGUCGCUCUCCAUCCAAGUACUUUGGAAAGAAGUUACGUGACCUGAGUGUUGAUGAACUCACUUGUGACGACUGUAAGCCACAAACCUCCGCACCGAAGAUCGACCAAACCGGCGGACAGGUCCAGGGCACUGUGGGUAAAGACGCGAUCCUGACGUGUAACGUGACGGCCUGUCCUCAGGCAGAAAUCUUCUGGACUAUUCCUCAGUCUCCCGGAGUUGAGCUGUCCAAGUAUUCCUACCAGUAUAACAAGUUCCGCGUGAACUAUGAGAAUGGGGCCCUGACAGUCAGCGACUUAGUGGCAGGCGAUGCUGGAGAGUAUCAUUGCAAAGCACUCAAUGGCUUAGGCUCUGAUUCUAAGGUUGUGCAGCUUACAGUUACGUAGAUGUAGGGUAUGUAGUAUUCUAAAGGUUGCAAACGUUCAUCUUGUAGAAGUCAAAUGUCACUGUCUAUAGUCCGAAGUUAUGAGUAGAAUGAGCCAAAUUCUAGUGUGUUGUAGUGUAUUGAGUCACUUAAGCAAUUCAAUAAUGUUCUGUUUAAGAUGCUAUCUCACUCUCACUCUAUGCAAGUAAUUAUUGUUGUAAAAAUAAGAUAACAAUACGUGUUUGUAUGAUCAGAUCUUUUGAUGAUAUUGAUGGAUAGAUGGAAGUUCUAGAAUGGUGAUAAUGGUUUGAAAUGUGUGUCAAUGAAUUCAAAAUUUGUUCAGUCAAUGAUGUCAGUUUAUAAACCUUAUUUUGCUUUGAAUAAAGAUAUUGAGUCACACAUCAAAAA